CCAUCGGGAGCGCUCUUGCAAGAAACAGUGGACGAGCGCUCCUGUAAUGCAGUGCUAAACAUGGCUGCUCUCAGCAAGUCCAUACCGCAUAGCUGCUAUGAGAUAGGACACACAUGGAGUCCCUCAUGUACGACCUCCACCCUCCAGGUGACAGCUGGUGCUCUGGAAGUCUCAUUCAAGAUAUAUGCUCCUCUGUAUCUGAUUGCAGCCAUUUUAAGAAGAAGGAAAAAGGAUUAUUACAAGAAAAGGCUGCUUCCUGAGAUCCUGCAAUCCACGUCUUUCCUGACCGCAAAUGGAGGCCUUUACAUUGCGUUUUUCUGCAUUCUCCGUAAGCUGUUGGGACGUUUCUACUCCUGGUCAGCAGGCUUUGGGGCCGCACUGCCGGCCUCAUACAUCGCCAUACUAAUAGAGCGGAAAAGCAGGAGAGGACUUCUAACAAUUUACAUGGCAAACCUGGCAACGGAGACGAUUUUUCGGAUGGCUGUCACAAGGGGUCUUGUUAAGCCUAUGAAACAUGGAGAGGUUCUUCUCUUCUGUUUGACUGCAUCUCUCUACAUGUUUUUCUUCAGAUGUAAAGACGGACUGAAUGGCUUUGCUUUCUCUGCCUUAAAAUUUAUAGUUGGGAAGGAGGAGAUCCCGACACACUCUUGCCUGGCUGAGCAUGCGUACACACAGGGCUCAGAGAGAGACGCGCAGCCACCGGAGGAGAGACCAGAGCACACGCCUGCCUCCAGGGGGAGCUGCAUCAGAGCAUUUACACGCAAACUCCUAGACUCUAUAUGCAAACAUGGACCCAGGCAUAGAUGUUGCAAACACUAUCAAGACAACUGCUUCUCCUACUGUGUUAAAGGUUUCAUCCGGAUGUUCAGCGUGGGUUACCUCAUUCAGUGCUGUUUGAAGGUUCCAUCAGCAUUCAGACAGGCCUUCACCAAACCCUCUCGUCUGCUCUGGCUGCUCUACAACAAAGAGAACUUCCAGCUAGGAGCUUUCUUGGGAUCUUUUGUCAGUAUAUACAAGGGCACAAGCUGUUUAUUGAGAUGGAUGCGGAACCUGGACGACGAGCUCCACGCUCUCAUAGCAGGUUUUCUUGCUGGCACGUCAAUGUUCUUCUACAAGAGCACCACCAUCUCCAUGUACCUCUUCUCCAAACUAGUGGAGACAUUGUAUUUCAAAGGGAUCGAGGCAGGCAGGUUUCCGUACUUCCCUGAGGCUGACACAGUAAUCUAUGCCAUCUCCACCGCCAUCUGUUUUCAAGCGGCGGUUAUGGAAGUGCAAAAUCUGAGACCAUCAUACUGGAAGUUUCUACUGCGGUUGACAAAGGGCAGGUUUGCUCUGAUGAACAGAAAAGUGCUUGAUGUUUUCGGGACCGAUGCUUCCAGACACUUUGGUGACUUCACGCCUAAACUUGACCCCAGAUACGUGCUGUAUCCCAUGGACAUGGACGUGCAGCUGGGCUGACAGACCCAUGGGCACCUGUGAGAUGUCUUCCCAUAGACCAACAAUGACACAAAGGCACGGAAAGCUCUUGCACACGAUCUCUCUAUCUUACAUUCUCUCGGCCUGGCGCUCAAUGUCAUUAAAUGUGAAGUGAAAGUGUGAAAGCAGUUAUAUGUUUACGUUGAUGUGGAUCUGAAACAUUUUGCAAUGUAAUUACCGCAGGCAAGAUGUGACUUCUAUGUACGCACAAUAUCAUCUCAAUAUCGGUUCAUCUGAAGAUGAUUUGAGGUUCAUAGGAUAAUGGUUGCUUUUUGGAUUCUCAAGGGCAGAACGACAGAGUAGGAAUGUGUUCACACUAACUCAGCAAUUCCUGAACUCUUUGGGAUUUUGACCUGCUGUUUUAUAGUUUGCAGCAUUAACUGAUUGGCUUUGAGAACAUAAAAUGUUUUUAAUUAGAUUUUUGUUUUGUUUUUAAUCUUAUUUGUUAAGUUAGGAAAAUUCAGACAGUCGUUUAUAGCACAACGUCGGCCAUCUCAGAAGGUGAUGCUGGAUUAUUUUUGGUUACUGUCAUUUCAAAUCCUACCAAAAACAAUCAAAUCUGUAAUUAACUGUCUGCCAUAGUCAGGAUAUGCGGGUUCAGCCAUGUAAAAAGAUCUCACUGACAUCAGGGUUGUGUAUGGUCUCUUCUCUGUCUUUAGUGUGCCCUUUUGUUUUUGUACAGAUAGGAAUAAAUUGAGACCUUCUCAUAAGUAGAGGCUUUUAUGGAAAGUGAUUAGUACAGAACUUAACAUUUACUACCCACCUUUUAUUCCAGAUUUAAUAUUCACAAAUAUUCUUUCACGAGAGAAAAGCAGAUUAAAACUCAUCUUAAUGGACUUUCACCUUCAUUUUCAGUAGCAGAUUUUUUUUUAAUUAACAACAAUAUAGUGUAAAAUCUGACAAUAUAAUCGCAGUAUUGCUGUGUAUUUGAAAUGUAAUUUAUGUAAAAAGAAAAAAAGAAAGCCUUAUGUCUUUGAUGUUUGUAUAAAAGCAAAAGCUUUAUAUUAAAAAAGUUCAGAUGAAAUAA